GUGACAUCUGACUUGGAGACUUUCAUUGGCAUUCUUCCUCUGCGCCUCUGCUUUAAGUAGGCGGCCAGCACCACCGCCAUGCGGCGCUCAAUUCGGCUGUCAGUCGCGCCCGCGAUUUGGUUGGCAGCGCUUGUCGAGGCUGAUAUUUCCUAUGUGACGGAUCUCGAGAUAUUUUCCCUUCUGGCUCCAUGUGUCUCCGAUGCCAUAUCCUACAACAUCGCGACAUUGACCUUUGGAACAUUAUGCGGCGAUUCAGAAACCGCGCUACAGUCGUGUGUAUGCUCGAAUACAGAGAGAUAUACCAGCAUAACAUCGUCUAUAUCCCGAGAUGUUAAAUACAGCUGCGGCAGUACUGCUACCGAAGACCAGCAGAGCGCAUCGAGUGUUAUUCAGAAAUAUUGCACACAGAGUUUGCCAAUUACAUUUUCAACUCCGACGAAGAAUGUUGUCGAGGCCUAUAUUACCGACUUGAGCCAGAUCAGUUAUAUGCCACAAUGCGCAGUGUCAGCCGUAUCAGAAGCUGUGAUGGGAGAUAAUGCUUCUAGAUGCCCCGAAGCCGCCAAUCUCUUUGCCCCCUGUGCUUGCGGUAAAGACGGAAUACCUGCCGCAAUCACCGACAACAUUAGCAAAUACGUCCGCACGUCAUGCUCCAAUGGGGGCGACAUUAGCGAUGCUGUGGGCUUUUACAGCGAAUACUGCGCCAUGAACAAUGGAACGACUACGUUUACUCAGCCCGCAGGCCCCCCAGGAGACAUGACGUAUCAUAUCACCGCCUUGCCGCAGUUCAAGUCGUUGCGAUCGUGCGCCCAGAGCGGUGUUGCAUCUGCUAUCCUCGAUCAAACAAACCGUUACUGCGCAACUGGGCCCCAAGCUCUCGCCUCGUGCGUAUGCCUCAAAUCUGGCAUGAGCGGCAGAAUCUCAAGUACACUCACAUCAAACGUUAAAUGGAACUGCGACAACACCGCCACCGCAGAUGUCGCCUCGGCCCUCGAUGUCUUUGAGCUCUACUGCAGUGCAGCCGAAAAAGAAGUCGUUAUAUCCGUUUCCGAUACCGCUACAGAGACAUAUCUUCAUCCUACGAAUCAUGACAGUGCGCGUCCUUCUGGCCCUUUAGAGACAGGCAGCAGUAGCAGUGGCGGUGGAAGUGGAAGUGAUGAUAGCGGCGGAAGUAAUCCAACCCAAGGUGGAAAAGACGGAUCAUCUUCCGGCGGAAACGGAGGAAAUAAGUCGAGCUCAGUCAACAAGACGGCCGUUAUUGCGGCAUGUGUUCUUGCAGCCAUCGUUCUCAUCGCUGCCGUUGGCCUCGUCGCCUUUUUCGUGCGUCGCAAACGCAACAGGCAGAUGAGAGGAGAGGCGUUGCCGCCAACAACAGAGGGCCCUAAUUAUCAGGGACCCCCCGAGCUGGAAAACACUGCGAAGGCGCCACCCAGUGUCGCUGUUGUUCCGGAGCUUCACAGCACAGAGAGACAAGAACUUCAAGGAAAUGUUACGCCGUACAGUUCACCACCCGGCUACAACUCACCACGUCCAGAGCUCCAGGGCAGUUCCGAAUACAAGCCAUCUGUUUCACCGCAACCUGGAGUGGGAUAUCAGCCGCCCCAUUCCCCUCGACCUACUGUUUCUCCUGCGACGCCGAAUACGUACGGGACAGGAUGGCAGUCUGGGCCAGUUGUAGAAACUUAUGAGCUGGAUUCGGCGCCAUGGAAAGCUUCUUCAUGAUUCAAUAUUUUGCUGAAAUAUUUCUUUCACGGUCAUUGAUACAAGUCAUGCAUAAUUCCAUGUCUUGAUUUCGACUAUUUUCAUAUUCAUAGACCAUCCAAGUCUUUUUCUUUUCGCAUUAUCGAAAUGAUGCUAACCACAGUUGUGAGAGCGUCACAAGAUUUCCCGUGCUAGAAAAAUAGAGCAGCAGUUUCAAUUUGUAUUAUCAAGCGUUUGGAGUGUGGCUACGUCCUCGUUGUACAUUGUAUGGUGUUUAAGGAUUCGCAGCGAAAGGCUUAUACAAAAAGGUCUAUUAACAAGAUUUAUAUUAUAUAUAAUUAGUAUUUCUAACUUAAUACACGC